UCAACACCCAAAACCAGAACCAAAAAACCACUACCUUGACAACAUCAAAAACCGCCCCCACCCACAUAAACUCGAUUCACACAUGUUCACUCGCCUUGUCCGAAACACCACCCCCCUCCCACCAGAUAUAAAAAAACCAAAGAUCGAUCCUUGAUCCUUCAAUCUCCCCCCCACCAAAACACCACACCAAAAGCAAUAGAACAGAGCACGGAGUCGAUUGCAGAGCGAGAGAGAGAGAGAGAGAGAGAGAGAAUUCUCGAGAUAUACGCGCGCUGACCACCUUCGGUUGAUUAAUGCAUCACAAGGAAUCCGAGCUCCUGAUCGGGAAAGACAGCGCCGGCCUCUCUUCCGAUUCCGGCAACGCCCACCAGCAGAGCUCGGGUCCCCACCAGCAGGAAAUCGCCGGCCUCGCUCCGGACCAUCAUCAUCAUCCUCAUCUCUCCAUCCAGAUCCCGCCCGCAUCCGAAACCCACCUCGACGAUGAAGGCGCGCGCGGCAACAGCCCCUCCACGAGCCAAAAGACCAACCUUUCGACCCCCCACAAGCGACCCAUCAUGACCCAGUCGCCCCUCGCGUUCUGUCGCUCCAGCUCGCACUCGCCCGUCGCCGGCCGCCACCCGCACCAGGGCCUCUUCGGGUCGGGUUCCGGGUCGGCCCGGUUUUCUUGCUUCGGGUCGCUCGCGGGCCCGUUCGGCACCAGAAAGUUCGCGUCUUGCAAGUUCUGCCACCAGCUGUGCCGCGUGCGUUUGCUCGGCGUGCAUCUGCGGUUCCUCGUUCUCAUACUGGUGCCGGUGCUCUACUUCUUCGCGUCCAGUCCUAACCGUUCUUUCUUGCUCGAGCUCAUCUCCGUGGUUUCCUUCUCCGCGACGCUGUUGAUAUCGCUCAAUUUAGCCAUCCCGAGAUUCCCCUCGAUUCGAUUGCUGUUUUCGCGGUCGUUUCCUGCGAAGAUCGCGCCGUUUUCGGCUUCGAAACCGGCUCGGCCUGUUGUUUGGUCGAUCGGGCCGAAACCGAAGGUCGAGAAGAGGGCGACUUCGGGUUCGUGGGUUCAGGUUUAUCGCAAUGGGGAUGUUUACGAGGGCGAAUUCCACGGAGGGAAGUGUUCAGGUAGCGGGGUUUAUUACUAUUACAGGAGUGGGAGGUACGAGGGGGACUGGGUUGACGGGAAGUAUGAUGGUUAUGGCGUCGAGACGUGGGCCAAAGGGAGCCGGUAUAGAGGACAGUACAGGCAGGGUUUGAGGCAUGGAGUUGGGGUGUACAGGUUUUACACAGGGGAUGUUUAUGCUGGGGAGUGGUAUAAUGGGCAGUGCCAUGGUUGUGGAGAGCAUACUUGUGAGGAUGGGAGCAAGUAUGCUGGAGAGUUCAAAUGGGGUGUCAAGCACGGGCUCGGUCGGUACCAUUUCAGAAAUGGGGAUACGUACUCGGGGGAAUAUUUUGCAGACAAGAUGCAUGGCUUUGGAGUGUAUCUGUUUGGAAACGGUCAUCGUUAUGAGGGAGCUUGGCAUGAAGGCAUAAGGCAGGGUUUCGGCAUGUAUAGUUUCCGAAGUGGGGAGACUCAAUGCGGUCACUGGCACAAGGGGGUUCUUGAUCCCCCUGGCUCACCAAGCUUUGCUGGGGGACCAAACUCAUCAUCCAACAUGCACUCGAAAGUCCUCAAUGCGGUACAGGAGACCAACUUCAUUCCAAUAACCAACAAACAGGAAAUGGGUUUCUCAGUGAUUGCCUUUGCCCUCAGGAAGCACGACGAGCAUCUGAGAGAGCACAUGAAGUCGGGAAGGUGGACGAGCGGGUGAAUAGAGCUAUAGCAUUUGCUAAUAAGUCGGCCAAUGCAGCGAGGGUAGCUGCAGUGAAAGCAGUUCAAAACCAGGUGUAUCAGGACCAUACCCCUGGUGAUCGGGCAUUGCCGGUUCUCAUAUCUUAAGCAACUAAUCCAAUUGCAUUGGACAGAUGCCAGCAAGACAGGUAGUAGUCGGAGACACUUUCUUCUCCUUUUGUUUUUCCGAUUUCCACUCAGUUUUGGCGACUUGCGUUAUUGCAUGCCCAUCAGUCGCAUGUAAUCCCUUUAAAAGCGGUCUUCGUUUCUGCGGUGCCCUCCUGGAACCACAUACAGUCAUCAAAAAGCUAAAAUGGCUGAUUGAGGAGCAGGAUGAGGUUUCUAUAUGUACUGUAAUAAACUUCUUGGCUUUCAUGUGAAUAGACGUGUUGUAGCUUUUCGCGAGAGAACUGUAUAUGAGGGCAAGUCAAUGCCUUGGCCCGUUUAAAAACAGCUCUUUUGUGUAUUAAUUCUACACUGCCGGGCUGAGCUGAGAGCUUCGGCAGUUGAAAAACAGAGCUCGAACGUCAGCAAUUUUACUGAGCCUGCAUUUGUCAA